CCUCCCGUGGCCACCUUUUGACUUGUUCUUUCCUUCUCUUGCAGAAAGCUGCAGCAGCCUCAUCCACGGGAUCUCCACAAGCAAAACGAACAGACUACACUUUCAAGGCUUAAACUAAGAAAGAAAGAUACAACAAUCAUGAGGUUGGCCAUAGUUCGCAGCGCUUGUGGCGGUCUUAGGAUGCCCGCAGCCCGUCCAGGAAGCAGAUGGAGCGGCUUGUCGCGGAGAUGUCUCCCCGGCGAGGUGGCCAGUCCCCGGGUAAACCUGAGCAGAGCCGCCGCCACCAGCAGCGGCACCCAGCCCAAAUAUACCGUCAACUCUGGGGAGCAGUCCCAACAGGGAGGUGGGGACCAGUACGACAGCUCGAUCGGGGAAGUGGUUCAGAGCACCAAAGAGGCAAUGGCAGCUCUGUAUCGAAGAAAUCCAAACGUCCAACCUUUGCUAGCUAUUUUACAGGCAGGUGAAGAUGACAGCAUUUUGGAGAUAAAUAAGAAGAUGGCUGGAAAGAUUGGCUUUGAUGUGACUCAGAUUUGUCUGUCGAAAGAGUACAGUGAAGAUGAAAUCGUAGAAGAGUUGUUGAAGUUGAACGAUGACCCCAGGGUGCAUGGAGUUUACCUCCACCUCCCCCCGGCUUCCCUCACCAGUCGAGUGGUAAACACGCUUAAACCUGAGAAGGACAUGGACGGCAUGUCAGAUUUGAAUAUGGGCCGCCUGGUGCGAGGAGACCUGAGCAAAGGAUUCAUGCCACCUGUAGCUGGGGCUGUUGUGGACAUGCUGGGGAAACACGAUGCUCCUCUGGAGGGAAAAGCUGUCCUGCUAGUUGGAAAAGAAGGACCCCUAAGGUUGGCUCUACAGUGCCUGAUUGAAAGAAGCGGGAUGGAAGUUAUGAGGAGUGAUUGGAACUCUAAGAACCUACAAACAAAGAUGAUGCAAGCUGAUGCCGUGGUUCUGUUAGAUGGUGAAAAUAUGGACGUUCCACCGACGUGGAUCCGACCAGGAGCUGCUAUCAUUCACUGUGAGCCUACCCUGGAGACAGAUGACCAUGCCAUUGAGUUGUCCUCAAGAUCAGGAUUAGGAUACCUCACAGCAGCUUACAGAGCACAGAAUGUGGUGCGUAGCUGCAGCCGGUGGCUCCAGGAACAGCAAUACAGACCCUGGCAUCUGCGCAGCCUCAAACUGCAGCCCCUGAACCCCGUGCCAAGUGAUAUCCAGAUAUCCAGGGCUCAGACACCAAAGCCAGUAGAUCAGCUGGCUGAGGAAAUUGGUUUGCUGCCAGAAGAGCUUGAAGCCUAUGGCAGAAGCAAAGCUAAGGUCCAACUCUCCCUGUUAGACCGCUUACAAUCACAGCCUGAUGGCAAAUAUAUCCUGGUUGCUGGAAUAACUCCUACCCCUCUGGGUGAGGGCAAAAGCACCGUGACCAUCGGUCUCGUCCAGGCCAUGUCUGCCCAUCUGAAGCUCAACUCCUUUGCUUGUCUCCGACAACCUUCCCAAGGACCAACCUUUGGCGUUAAAGGGGGAGCUGCAGGAGGGGGAUAUGCCCAGGUCAUCCCCAUGGAGGAGUUUAAUCUCCAUUUGACUGGUGACAUUCAUGCCAUCACAGCUGCUAACAACCUGGUAGCAGCGGCCAUUGAUGCCAGGAUGCUCCAUGAGGCCACGCAAUCAGACAAGGCCUUGUUCAGUAGACUGGUCCCUUCAGUGAACGGAGUCAGAAGAUUUUCACCCAUCCAGAUCUCCAGGCUACAACGUCUCGGUAUCAAUGAAACAGAUCCUGCAUCUCUCACACCUCAACAAGUCAGCACCUUUGUACGUCUUGAUCUUGAUCCUUCGAAGAUCACCUGGCAGAGAGUCCUUGAUACAAAUGACCGAUUCUUGAGGAAGAUCACAGUUGGACAAGCAAGCACUGAAAAAGGACAGGCCAGAGAGACUGGGUUUGACAUUGCAGUGGCUAGUGAGAUCAUGGCUAUUCUGGCUCUCGCAGACAGCCUGGAAGACAUGAAAAACAGGCUGGCACGCAUGGUGGUGGGAACCAGCCGCUCUGGACAGCCCGUCUCAGCAGAAGACCUGGGUGUGAGUGGUGCACUGGCGGUGCUAAUGAAAGAUGCCAUCAAGCCCACAUUGAUGCAGACCCUUGAGGGUACGCCAGUGUUUGUCCAUGCUGGGCCCUUUGCCAACAUUGCCCAUGGCAACUCCUCGGUGCUGGCAGACAAGCUGGCUUUGAAGUUGGUUGGACAGGAUGGCUUUGUGGUGACUGAAGCAGGUUUUGGGGCGGACAUCGGCAUGGAGAAAUUCUUCAACAUUAAAUGUCGAUCUUCUGGUUUGAGGCCUGACACGGUGGUGCUGAUCGCAACUGUUCGCGCGCUCAAGAUGCACGGUGGCGGUCCGAAUGUGUCAGCAGGUUCACCUCUUCCCAGAGAGUACAUUGAUGAGAAUCUGAGCCUGGUUGCAGGCGGUUGCCAUAGCAAUCUCAAGAAGCAGAUCCAGAUCGCGCAGCAGUUUGGAGUUCCAGUCGUGGUGGCCCUCAAUGUGUUCAAGACUGACACCCAGGCAGAGAUUGAUCUCGUCUGUCAGAUUGCCAAAGAGUGUGGUGCAUCUGAUGCCGUGCCGUGUCACCACUGGGCUCAGGGUGGGCGAGGGUGUGUAGAGCUGGCCCAGGCGGUGAAAGAAGUGGUGUGCAGACCCAAAAACUUUCAGUUCCUUUACGACUUAGAGAUGCCGACGGUGGAGAAGAUCCGGACAAUAGCCCAGAAAGUUUACGGGGCUGAUGACAUCGAGCUGUCUCCAGAGGCCAAGAGCAAGAUUGAGUACUAUAAUCAACAAGGCUAUGGUCUGUUGCCCAUCUGCAUGGCCAAGACGCACCUGUCGCUGUCCCACAUGCCUGAUAAAAAGGGCGCACCCACUGGAUUUGUUCUGCCAAUCAGAGAUGUCCGUGCCAGCAUUGGGGCAGGAUUCAUCUACCCGCUUGUGGGAACGAUGAGCACAAUGCCUGGUCUGCCCACCCGACCCUGUUUCUAUGACAUCGACCUUGACCCUGUCACAGAAGAAAUCUCUGGGCUCUUCUGAGCACGCUCACUGCAUUCUCAUGGGGAUUACAUUAUUUACAUCUGUGUAGACAACUCUGCCAGCCCAUUUAUCAGCUGGAGCUGAAAGCUCGAUCAGCGUUUGUUAUUAGGGGUUUGUUAACGUUUACUAUGUUAUGUUACAUUUAACACUCAACCAUCUUCUGAUCCUUCAAUGUGAUGUGUGUCUUACACUAACCAGCAGCCCCAACACUUAAGUAUAGCCUAGAAGCAAUUGACAGAUGUGCCAAUGCUUUCGUAAGAAACCUUUUACUUUAUAUGAGAUUUUAAAGAGGAGUUAUCAACAGACUCUGAACAAAAUUGCCCUGGAUGCAGAUGUGUAGAUCUAAAACCUGAAAACAGUGCAGAGUGACAUGCUGCAACAGCACCACUCUGUAGUCUUAUUUUACUCAUGAUAGAUAACUGCUGGAUUUGGAGAAGAUUAUUAUAAUUAAUUUAAAAGAAUUAUUAGAAUGAUCUCAAACUCAAUUUGAAUUUGAGAUUAUUGCUGGAUUUAGAAAGUCUUGGAAACAAAACAGACUUUGUGGUUUCGUCCAGAAAAAAUCAGAUUCGAGUGCUCAAAACAAUCUGGUUUUCAGGCUGAACUAACAAGUUCUGUGGGAAAAGGUAACAAUAUGAGCAUUUGUAUUAUGCAACAUUUGCACAUCAGUGUUAUUUAUACCAAAGACCUACAGCCAUACAGAAGAUACAUGUACUUACUUGCUCCAUAUGUGUUCACAAAUGACUGGAAGUUAAUGUCAGUCAACAUGAGUUCUAAUUUGUUGUGUUUUCAAGUCUUUUAAUUUUGCUUCUUUUAUAUAUAAAAAAAAAGAUACUCGAGUGUCUUAAUGGUGCUAAUUUUUAAAGUUUUACAUUUUUUACUUGAAUUGAGGACAACUUGCAUAUAUGCAGUAUUCCAAACAUGUCAAAGGCUUAUAAACUCCCAGAAAGCAACUACAAAAGACAAGUUAUCAAAAGUCUGUCAUCAUCUCAGUAUGUUUUUUUUUUUUUUUUUUUUUUAAUUUCAUUAUUAUAUCAGUGUUUUAUUUUCUUUUUUAGCCAUCUAGUCUAUUAUUUUUGUUAUCUUACUGUCAGAAAUUAAGCAGAAAAGAGAAAAUAAUGGCAAUACUGGUUAUGUUAAAUGGAUUUUAUGAUUUAAAAGAAAAAAAAUAUUUUUUACCAAAUCUGCCUCUUCUGGAGAGUAAAGAAAGUGAAAUGACCUUUUUUAUUAAGUGUAAAACAAAAUCGAAAUUCAAAAGAUUACAAGUGCCUUUCA